CAUGGCGCCCCCAGCAGUCAAGCGCAGGAAGCUCAGCCACGAUUCCGAGAACGAGAGCAGCGACGAUGAUGUGCAGGCUGGCGUUGCCAUCGGUGGCUCCGACAUCUCCGACGACGACGACCAAAGCGAAAUCUCGGGUGCCGACGUAGACAUGGACGACGUGUCGCAAGACGAAGGCGAAGGGGAGGGAAACCAGAAAAAGGCACAAGGCAAGGCUAGGAAGGAGAAGCAGCAAAAAUCGCAGGGCAACAAGCAAAUCCAACCAUGGCGUCGCGACGCUUCCGAGAUGGCCGGCGCGUACACCGGAGAGGUUUACAAGUCAAACAUGUUCAAACUGCAGGUGGACGACCUUCUGGAGCAGAUCCGACCGAAGCACGGCAAGCGCGAAGCUUCUGCUGAGAAGGCGUUGCGAGAGCUGAAAGCAAUUAUCGAACAAAUCCCGGCACGCGAAGCGCAAAGCAUUCCCGAUGCAGAGAGAAACCUCAUAAAGCAAAGCAAGGUCGCCGUUCCGUUUCCUCAUCCCCGCCCUCCAAAAGAUGCCAAAUACACCCUGGAGUACGCUAAGCCGGCAGCAAUAAACGCAGUCGGAAGCUACCCGCUUAAGACCCAGGCACGAACCGGCAGCGAUCUGGCCAUUGAUCUUGUCGUGAUGAUGCCCCCCACGUUGUUCCAGGAUAAGGAUUAUCUCAAUUACCGCUACUUCUACAAAAGGGCAUACUACCUAGCUUGCAUCGCUUCUGGUGUUAAAGGCGCCAAAGGCCACGGUUUCAAGCUCACCUUCGACCAUCUCAAUGGCAAUGAGCUGCAGCCCAUUAUCGUGGUUGAAGGCAGUGGCGGCGAGGAUGAUCUGUCCAAUUUGAAAUAUCGGAUCCACAUUAUCCCCGUUGUCCAGGAUGGAACUUUCCCAGAGGAUAAGACCCUCCCAGAGAAGAACUGCAUCCGACCGAAGCAAACCGGCGAUGCGCCGGCUUCUACACUCAAACCGACUCCGUUCUACAAUGCUUCUGUCCGUGCGGACAGCCAGACGACCGCAUAUCUAAAGCUGAUGCACGGAGCGGUAAGCAAAAACGAAGCCUACAAAGAUGCGUGUCUCCUUGGACAAACUUGGUUGCGCCAGCGAGGCUUUGGCAGCCGUAUCUGUGAUGGUGGUUUCGGAAACUUUGAGUGGGCGGCUCUUGUUGCACUGUUGUUGCAAGGAGGUGGUCCUGGCGGUAAGCCGCUUUUCGCGGCUGGCUACAGCAGUUACCAGCUCUUUAAGGGCAUGCUGCAAUUCCUGGCCUCAAAGGAUCUUUCAGAUCAACCACAGCUCUACCAAGCGCAGAGCAUCGCUUUACCUAAAGAAGAUGGUGUGCCGGCGUUCUUCGAUGGGCCGCGCGGACUGAACGUUCUUUACAAGAUGACACCAUGGGCCUACCAACUCCUGCGCUGUGAAGCCAAGACGACCAUGGCAUCUCUUGGAGAUUCUGCGUUUGAUCAGUUUGACGCAACUUUCGUGCUUAGGGCCGAUCAGCCUUUGCAUAGGUACGAUGUCAUUGCAGAGAUCCCCAUAUCUGCUUUUGGUGUCGAUCUUACCGCAGAUGAUCGCAACCAUAAAUUGGAAAGAAGCUACGGCAAGCUUUAUCGCGUCCUCAAACGCGGUCUCGGUGACCGUGUGAAAACAACGUCGCUUGUCCUGCCUGGAGAAAAGCCAUGGGCGCUCGGCUCUGCGAGAACGUCUCUGCCGCGCGAUGCUAAAAUUCAGGUUGGCUUCCUUGUUGACCCGGCCAAUGUUGCACGAGCCGUGGACCAUGGACCAGCGGCCGAGAGUAAGAAGGAAGCAGCCCUGUUCCGGCAGUUUUGGGGAGAAAAAGCAGAGUUGCGCCGCUUCAGAGAUGGCAGUAUCCUUGAGUCCCUUGUCUGGUCCAGCAAGGAUUCAGACAGGCCUAUAUUUGAACAGAUUGUCCUGUACCUCCUGAACAGGCACCUAGGAAAAGAUGCGGCCGACAAUGCCAGAUUCAUCGGAGAACACUUUUCUCGGCUCCUGGCGGGUAACGGUCAAGGCAGUAGUGAUCUCUUCUUGCCUUUCCGCAAGGCCUUUGAUAUCCUUGAGCGUGACAUCCGCUCCUUGGAAGGCAUGCCUCUCUCAGCGCGUCAUGUCUUCGCGGCCGAUCCCCAGCUUCGAUACGCCUCCAUUGAUGUUCCAUUGGCGUUGAACCGCAGACAGCCGGUUGAGCUGGCAAACGUUGUGAUUGAGUUCGAGGGCUCUGGUCGCUGGCCUGACGACCUGAAGGCAAUUCAGAUGACCAAGGUCGCCUUCCUAUUGAAGCUGGGUGAACUUCUUCAAGAAUCCGUUGACGGCAUUACCACGCGCGUAGGUAUUGAGAACGAAGGACUUGAGAUAGUCAACCAGUCCUUUUUGGACGUCAUAUACCCAUCUAGCGCGGCAUUCCGCCUCCGAGUUCACCACGAUCGCGAGGUCACGCUCAUAGAACGCCGCCUCAAAGACAAGUCUCUUGAUGCUGCCACCAGAGAGGCCUCUGCCUUGGCUCUGGCGACCUACAGGCGCGAUUUCAUUCGCAUUCCUUCUCAUACGCAGGCCCUACAGGCAUUGUGUACGCGUCUUCCUGCUCUUUCUCCCACUAUCCGCUUGCUUAAAAAGUGGUUUGCCUCUCAUCUACUCAGUUCGCAUUUUGCUCCCGAGCUCAUUGAACUAUUCGCUGUCCGGACCUUCCUGCACUCCUCUCCAUGGGAGCCGCCGUCCUCGGCACAGACCGGCUUCCUACGCACGCUGUCCUUCCUUGCACGCUGGGACUGGCGCAAUGAGCCUUUCAUUGUCGAUCUCGGUUCUGAGAUGAAGACAGAGGACGUUACUGCGAUAAAUACUCGUUACGAGGCAUGGCGCAAGAUCGAUCCUGCGCUCAACCGGGUGGUUGUCUUUGCAGCAACGAACCUGGAUCCGGAUGGCACAACGUGGACUGAUCAUGCACAGCCACCCAGGGUCGUCGCGGCGCGCAUGACGGCAUUGGCAAAGGCCGCCAGCCAAGCUGUCAAGGAGCAGGGCGUAGACAUUGUGCCGGAGUCACUGUUCGUCAGCCCGCUGACCGACUACGACUUCGUGCUGAAGUUGCGUCCGGAGUUCACCAGGACUGGCAGAAACAAUACUGCCAAGUCUGGAAAGGCGCAGUUCAAGAACUUGGUCUUGCAGUCGGACGCUGCCGAGGAAACGAGCCUUGUGGGCUUCGAGCCGGUCAAGCUGUUCCUGGCCGAGCUGCGAGAAAUAUAUGGCCAAGCUAUCAUUUUCUUUUGCGAAGAAAAUGGUGGCGAUGCCAUUGCUGGCUUGUGGAAUCCUGCCAACACCGCUAGGAGGAAGUGGAGAGUCAGGCUCGGAUAUUCGACUGUGCCUGUGGCUGGGAAUGACGAGACGGAGGUCGAUGCAGAUGUUAACAAGGAAGGCAUCUUGAGUGAGAUUGCGAGGAUUGGUGGAGAGUUGGUGCAGAAGGUGGAGAUCAAUAGGCACUAAGUGCCGAGUGGAAAGCUUACCCUGUUGGUUGGCUUUGUAGAUGUCGUUUUCUAUUGCAUGCUGUUUAGAUAUACCAUAUAGGAAUAUCAUGGGCGGAUGAAAAUAAAUGGUUUCAGAGC